AUGAGUGCAGAAAGGCUUCGGUUCACAGAGAGUGAUGCUGCGGCCAUGGGCCAAGUCUUCCUCGCAAGAGGAGCUCAGACUGACAAGCAGUGGGACGACGACAAGCAGGUGGCAGAGACGGCUGCGAAGAGGAAGUGUGAAGAGAACUGUGGCCGUGCGCCUUGGGGCUGCCGUUGGUUCCACGAUUGGAAACGCAACGUAGACGCAGCGGUGGCCCGUAGCCAAGCUUUGCAUGUGUUCUACUUUGAAGGCAGGGUUGGACGUGGGAAGUUGCCCUGGCAGGAGCUCUCAAACGAGACUUCUGUUAGAAAGGCCCGCGAAAAUGGCGGCCUUGGAGCAUCCCAGACUGCCGAGGUAGCCUACUUGGAUAGGCGUGGCUACUAA